AUGUCGGCUGGAAUCGGCGCCGAGAAUGUCGACCAGGUCUUGAAUGGAGACACCUCUCCCUCGCAACACGCAUCGCAAAGCACACAAAGCGAUUCGCCAGCAGGCAUCAGCCACGACAAGGCGGACGUAGCAGCGGUGAAGGUCUCUAUGGCACCCGCCGAGGAUGUGACGGCGGUGACUUCUGUAGAGGAAUCACCCAGCCCUAUCGUGCCUGGUGCAUUUGGUGCCCCAACUUCCUUUGAGGCACCUUCGUCGUCUUCAACAGCCCCUUUAGGUCCACCCAAGCAGAGCAGUCCCGACGACAAACCGCUUCCGGUCAUCGCGCAAGAUGCUGCCACACACAAUUCACUCGAUACCACGGCAGGAGGGUCACGGCAGCAGCUCCCGCAGCCAUCCUCGCCGGACCCCGAGCUCGCGUCGUCCAUGAUCACAGUUGUCAGCCCAGUCCGCAGAUCCGUCUAUAAGCGCAAGCUCAAAUCCAAGCCAAAAGGGAUCCUCAAGCCCGCGCCUCCUCCGCAGAAGGGCUUCUCCUUCCGCCGCGACAUCCUCCAAAAUAUCAACACUCGCCUCGCCCAACAGGGCGUCAACGUGCAGGUGCCCGUGCCCCAAGGAAGCACAGCGCAAGCGACCGCCAACUACCUCGGCGGCAUGUUUCGAAGGAUAGGCGGCAUGGCUGCCGGUGCGGCUGCCAACGUGAGCGGCUCGAACGCCACUGCCGUUGGUGGCUUCCUCUCAAAUGAUCCUCCGAGCAAGAGCAAUGGCUCUCAAACGUCCAUCUACGAUGGAGCUGUCCACAGCAGAAGCAGUAGCAGCAGCACGACGCUUGCAUCGUCCUCGGCAUCCAUAGCUUCCGCAUCACAAGCAACCGAGUCGGAAAACGGAUCAGCAAAUCCAUUGGUCAAGACAACAGUAGCUGCUUCCACAACAUCAGCCGCGCCACUCAAAAAGGUGCAGUUUCAAGUGUCACACAUGACCGUCACCUAUCCCAUCGUCGGUGCAGGAACCCCAGAGGACGAAGACCUGACCCGUCUACGCAUCGAACGAGAGCAUCGUCGAAUGCUCAAGGCCCGCAGAGGAAAGCCAUGGACACCCGAAGAACUCGAGGCGCUCUACCGUGAAUGCUGUCGAACACGCGAAGAGCAUCCACUCAAGAAGAUGCGACUCGUCUUCCAAGAGGCUGCGCAGUCCGCUCCACCCGCACUCAAGACCAUGGAUCUCUCCUUUGUCCCACUCGAUCGGCACGCAGUCGAGCCCAUCGCAGACCUGCUCAGUGUCGACUUUGGUCUCAACAAGCUGGUGCUCGAGAACUGCGCGCUCACGGAUGACACCGUCAAGUCGAUAUUGCACGCUCUACUUGUCUCGGGUACGUUGCCCAACCUCAGCCUAGCUAGCAACCGCAAGAUUCGAUUCCGCGGUUGGCGCUUCGUUGCCAUCUUCAUGCGCCGUGCACGUGCGUUGCGCUAUCUCGACUUGUCAGAGAACUCGAUAGACCGCAUGUCGCUCGAGCACCUUCUAGCUGUCGUCGCAAAGCCGCCAGCUGCCGUGACACAUCAACGAAUGCCAGUCAAGCCCUCCGCUGCCAGUGCCAAGGCGGAUGCAAAUGGCACGAGCAAGCCGGAAGAUCCUCAGGAAACGGAUCAAAAUGACGACAACAGCGACGACGAGUUCUUUGAUGACUCGGGCGAGCCGCUCAUGCCGACUGCGCCGUUACUCAGGGAUGUCUCGGACGAUCCGGAUCCGCCAUCUUCGGCCAUCAUCUCGCUUCGACUCGAGAAUUGCGGUCUCAAGGCCGCUUCGCUCGAGCUGCUAUCUCAGACAGUGCGGUACUCUGACAUUCGUCAUCUCUCGCUGCGUCGAAACAAGAUCGGUCAGCUCGCUUCUGUCGCAUUGGCGAUCAUGCUGAAAGACUAUCCGGAUAGUGUCGGAGCCUUGGAACCCAUCACCACCAGCGCAACGGCCCAGGGCACGAACUCGUACUUCGAUCCAGCGGUGGCACCCGACCGCGCCGCCGCGGACGGACAGGACCGCAGCGGACGAACUCUACGACCCAGCGAUGCACAAUCGACGCCCGAGCGUCGACAGCGCAGCUACUCGCCCGGUCUACCCGAGGUGCCUGUCAUCGUCUCCAGCCCAGGUGGCGGCAUCACCUCACGCAAGAUGCCACCCGCGCAGCCCGACGUCAACGGAGCUCACACCGAGCAGCUUCAAGACGCCAUGCAGACCCAGCUCGCCGGCGCCACCAGUCCGCUGCCCACCCCGCAGCUCAAUCCUCCACCCAAUCUCACCGAAGCCGAGGCCGUGUCGCUGUACCAAGCCAAACGGGCGCGUCGCAUCCUCGCUGACUACCCUCGCGUCGGCAACCUGCUCACCCUCGAUCUCAAAUCCAACGACAUCCGCGGCGGCGUAGUCUACCUUGCGCAGGUGCUCAAAAAGAACCGCACUCUUCGCGUCCUCAACCUGUCGGACAACAACAUCGAAGUCCCCGGUCUGGUCUCCAUCGCUGAAGCCCUCAAGUACAACUCCACUCUGGAAACCCUCGACCUCUCACACAACCCUUGCGCAGGCCCUUCGCUGGAAGGCAUCACCACCCUCCGAACAGCCUUCGCGCUCAACUCGAACCUCAAGCGUCUCUUCCUCAACGACACCGACUUGACCUCUGAAGCAGCGAUCGCAUUGGCCGAAUUCCUACCCGAAGCGCGCAGCCUGAUCCACCUGGACCUAGCCGAGAAUGCGAUCGACAUCGCUGGCGUCCUUGCCCUCGCUGUUUCCCUGAGGAUGAACCGCAGUCUCCGAUGUUUGGACCUCAACAUCCCACCGAACAACCCGGAUUUCGCGCGGUUGUCGCAGGAGAUCCUGCAAUCGUGCGUACGCAAUACGGAGCUAGCGCAGCAGCGAGCUACGAAAAAGGGACUCAAGCAGCCGGUGGCAGCGCCGAUUUACAAGUCGGUCGUAGCGAGGGCGGCGCGGGAGGCGGAAGAGCGGGUCAAGGCGGCUCAAGUCGCAAAGGACGCUGCGGCGAAGGAUCGGGUGGCGGUGGAGGAGCUGCUGGCUGCGGCGAGUGAGUGUCGCAAGGUGCUCGCGGAGCUUCUGGUAGGCGAGGAGGCACGGCAACGGGAGAAGCCUGAAGAGACGCCACCUGCACGAGGCGAGUUUGUUGGUGAUCUCACGAGGCAGAGUGCCAAACUGAGGCGCCGGCUUGCGAGCCUUGCGUCUACGACAGAAGAAGAGGGUUUGUUGGGGAGGAUUCUGACGCUGCACGAUGAGCUGGGCGAGGUGUCGGUGCGAUUGGAGACGAUGUACCGUUCUGCUGGGCCGGUUGACAGUGCGGAAGGAUCAACGAGCGUGCACCUUCAGACGCCCGAGCUGGAAUCUGGUCUCGCCUCGCCGGCGUUCAGCAUCGCCGACUCGGACGGGAGCGACAACGACGAGGCUGGUACCCGACGACGCCAGCCAGGGCAGGACGCGCCCCUGUCAGGACUCAUGGCCGGACUGCACAUCCAAACGUCCAAUUUGGCGCUCGAGGAAACGUCUGCGGAUCGAGAAGACCCGGUAGAGGCAGAGGAGAGGCUGCCGCCCCGAUCGCCCACGGAAAAUUUGGCGAAAGGCCAAUUGAGCGAGGAGGCGGAGCUGUUCCGGAAGGCGAGGAGUUUGGGCCUGGAUGGGGAGGAUAGCGACGAGGCGACGGACUCGGCAGAGGCACCUGUCGGCAGUGACGCGCAGGCACAGCUGGCAACCACGACUUCGGACACUCAGACGAGCCCGUCGACAGAGGCGUCACUGCAAGCAGUGGUGCACGACGCAGACCGCACGGGCGAACAGCUGCGCGCCGACCUGCUCAAGGCAGACGUCCCACCAAAGUCUGCCUCCUCCAGCCCCGUCACUCCCACCAAAGAGGAUGCGGAAGACGAGACUGGCAGCUAG